UUAGUUUUUAUUUUAUUCCUGUAAAUAUUCUUUACAUUACAUAAUAUUUAAAAUAUUAAAUUCAUGCUCGUCUAAUAAAAUUAUUAAAAUACGUAAUUUUCUUAAAGAAAAUGGAUCCAGUUUUUCUGACUGUAGCUAUAAUUAGUGGCUUAAGUUUGAUUAUAUUUACAUUUGCGUUUUUCCGUUCAUUUAAAGACCGACCUCAACCUCGAGCUACUAAACCCACCGCAGUUGCGCCACGCGAUGGAGGCCCCAGCAGGGUACAAGCUGUCAGGAAUCAGAGGGCUCGGAUGAGAGCUAAUGCCGCACGUCAUCAAGCAGCACUGAUUGAAGAGGAGCCCGCUGCAGUGGAGGCAGCAGAGGUUGAAGAAGAAACUGCUUCUAGUAGUCAGAAUGUAGAAUUUGUAGACAAAAUGGGGGCUAAGAAACGGGCAAAAGUAGAAGCUAAAAUGGAAAAGAAGAAAGCUAAAGAGGCCGAAGAUCAAAUGAGGGAAAUGAGGAAAAUGGAAGAACAGAAGCUUGAAGAAGAAAAAAGAAAACUAGACGAGCAGAGAGAAGAAGAAGAACGAAAAGCAGAGGAAGCAGAAAAAAAGGCAGAGGAAGAACGUAAGAAACGUGAACAAGAGGAAUAUGAAGCAAUGAAGGCAGCUUUCACUGUGGAAGGAGAAGGUUAUGAUGAGAAUGAGGAAGAAAAUAAAGAUAAUAUGCUGAAAGAUUUUAUUGAUUAUAUUAAGGCACAAAAGGUUGUCUUACUCGAAGAUUUGGCAGCACAUUUUAAGUUGAAAACUCAAGCUGCGAUCGACAGAAUAACUGAUCUCCAAGCGACAGGCGAACUUACAGGAGUUAUUGACGACAGGGGAAAGUUUAUUUAUAUCUCUCAAAAAGAAUUAGAAGAUGUAGCAAAGUUUAUAAAACAACGUGGGCGAGUGUCCAUCACAGACUUAGCCGAGUCAAGCAAUGAAUUAAUUAACUUGAAUCCAGUUGCUGUGUCUUAAUUUAAAUUUGUCACAAAAGCCAUUUUACUAAAUGUAUAUAAAAU